AUGGACCAGCAACAGUUUGUUGGGCUCCUCCAGAGCCUUCUGCUGCCCGACACUGAGCGUGUCAAGGCCGCAACCGCGACGCUCAACAAGGACUACUACAAGUCUCCCGAGGCUCUCACCACCCUUCUCCAGAUCCUCGUUUCUCAUGAGGAUCAGGCCCUGCGCCAGCUUGCCGCCGUUGAGGCGAGGAAGCUGGUCAACAAGCACUGGGCCAGCCUGCCUGAGCAGCAGAAGCCUGAGAUCCGCAACCAGCUCCUCCAGUCGACCAUGAACCAGGAAGUCACACUCGUCCGCCACUCGUCUGCCCGCGUUGUUGCCGCCAUCGCCAAAAAGGACUUGGAGGAUGGACAGUGGGCCGACCUCCCCCAGACGCUGCACCAGGCUGCCGGAAGCGACGUCGCGAGGCACCGUGAGGUCGCCGUCUUCAUGAUCUACACCCUUGUCGAGACCAUGGGCGACAUGUUCUCCGAAAACUUCGGGGAGCUCUUCAACCUGCUCGGCCAGACCAUCAACGACCCCGCCAGUCUCGAGGUCCGCGUCAACACCAUGUUGGCUCUGAGCCGUGUGGCCAUGCUGCUUGACCCUGAGGAGGACGAGCACUCUCUUGAGCUUUUCAACGGCGUUCUUCCCAGCAUGGUCAAGGUCCUUCAGGACACCAUCGAGUCUGGUGACGAGGACAAAUCCAUGCAGGCUUUCGAGGUCUUCCAGACCCUGCUCGGCUGCGAGUCUGCCCUGCUGAACAAGCACUUCGAGGAUCUCGUCAACUUCAUGAACAACAUUGGCGCGAAGCAGGAGAUCGAUGAUGACGCCCGUUCUCAAGCGCUUGCCUUCCUCAUGCAGUGCGUGCGGUACCGCAAGCUCAAGAUUACGGCGAAGAAGCUUGGCGAGAAGCUCACCAUCACCGCCCUCCAAAUCGUCACCGAGCUGGGCGACCUUUCUAGCGAGGACGAGGAGGUCACACCGGCUCGUUCCGCUCUUGGACUUCUCGAUAUCCUUGCCCAGAGCCUUCCCCCCAACCAGGUCAUUGUUCCCCUGCUCCAUGCCAUGGGUAGCUACGUCAACAGCGAGAACCCCGACUACAGACGCGCCGGUAUCCUUGCCCUCGGAAUGUGCGUUGAAGGUGCUCCUGACUUCAUUGCUACCCAGCUUGGUGAGAUCUUGCCCCUCACCCUUCGUCUCCUUGAGGAUCCCGAGGUCAAGGUCCGCGCCGCCGCCCUGAAUGGUGUCGCCCGGCUUGCCGAUGACUUGGCCGAGGAGAUGGCCAAGGAGCACGGUAGGCUCGUUCCUGCUCUUGUCAAGAACCUCGAUAUGGCCGUGGAGGCUGCACGGGGCCCUGAGUCUGACCGCGCACUGGAGAUCGUGCGCGGCAGCUGCAAUGCCAUCGACUCGCUGAUCGAGGGCCUUGAUGAGGAGGACGCUGCCAAGUACGUCGCUGAGCUCGUCCCGAGGUUCAACAACCUUUUCAACUCGUCGGACUUCAAGACUCAGAUCGCCUCCGUCGGCGCUGUUGGGUCUGUUGCCGCCGCUGCUGGCGGCGCUUUCCUGCCUUUCUUCCAGGCCACUAUGCAGUCUCUUGCUCCUUUCGUUCAGCUCAAGGACAGCCAGGAUGAGCUUGAUCUGCGCGGCGUUGUCUGCGAUUCCAUGGGCAAGAUUGCCGGCGCCGUCGGUCCUGCCCCCUUCAGGGACUACGUCCAGGGUCUCAUGCAGGCCUCGGAGGAGGCGCUUAACCUUGACCACCCGCGCCUUCGCGAGACCAGCUACAUCCUGUGGAGCACCAUGGCUAAGGUUUACGAAGAGGAAUUCGAAUCUUUCCUUCCUGGUGUUGUCGAGGGGCUCCUGAAGUGCCUGCAGCAGGAUGAGACCGAUCUUGAGGUUGCUCUUGGUGAGGAGGCCAAGGACCUCAUUGGUCAGGAGGUUACUGUUGCUGGUAAGAAGAUCAAGGUCGCCGAUCCUGGCGAGGACGAUGAGGAUGAUGGUAUCAUUGACCUGGACGACGAGGAUGACGAUGAUUGGGAUGAUCUCAACGCUGUCACCGCCGUCGCCAUGGAGAAGGAGAUCGCCGUUGAGGUCAUUGGCGAUGUCAUCUCCUCCUGCCGCCACCGCUACGUACCUUACCUUGCCAGGACGAUUGACGCUGUCUUGAAGAUGGUCCACCACGCUUACGAGGGUGUCCGCAAGUCUGCCAUCGGCACUCUCUGGCGUUCGUACGCCGCUCUUUGGGGCAUGGCUGAGGGCUCGGGCAUGGCCAAAUGGAAGCCUGGUCUUCCUCUUCAGGUUCAGCCUUCUGAUGACCUUGCCAAGCUCGCUCAAGAAGCCAUGAACGCCACCCUCGAGAUUCUCGAGGAUGAGAUGGACCGUGGCACUGUCACCGAUAUCUGCCGUGACCUUGGCGCAACCCUCAAGCUCACUGGCCCCGCUAUCCUGGUCAACCAGAACGGCACGGUGAUCCCGCAACUCACCAACCACCUCAUCGCUAUCCUCACCAAGCGCCACCCCUGCCAGCAGGAUCUCGGGGACGAGCUUGAUGAGGCCCUUGAGGAAUCGUCGGAGUACGACUGGCUCGUCAUUGAGGUUGCGCUUGACUGCGUGACCUGCCUGUCGGCUGCUCUCGGUGAGAGCUUUGCAGAGCUCUGGAAGAUCUUCGAGAAGUCGAUCCUGAAGUACGCCAGUGGCCAGGAGUCUGUCGAGCGCAGCAACUCGGUUGGCUCGAUUGCGGACUGCAUCGGCAACAUGGGUGGUGCCGUCACUCCUUACACGACCACGCUCAUGAAGCUCUUGGUUCACCGCCUGUCGGACGAGGACCCGGAGACCAGGUCGAACGCUGCGUACGCUGUCGGCAUGCUCUGCGAGAAGUCUAACGAUGUCCAGGAGGUUCUUAAGAACUUCCCGACCAUCUUCACCAAGCUUGAGCCGAUGCUGCACGAGCAGCAGGAGGCGCGCAUGCUUGACAACGCCGCUGGCUGCAUCAGCCGCAUGAUUAUGAGACACCCGGAGAACGUUCCUCUCCAGCAGGUUCUUCCUCGCUUGGUUGAGCUCCUCCCUCUCCGUGAGGACUUUGACGAGAACCAGCCCGUGUACACCAUGUUGAUGAAGCUCUACGGUGUCCAGGAGCCCCAGAUCCAGCAGCUCAUGCAGCAGCUGACUCCUCAGUUGAUGCAGGUCUUCGAGAAGGUGCUCGGCCCGCCUGAGGAUCAGCUCGAGGACGAGACCAAGCAGCACCUGAUCUCCCUUGUUCAGCGCCUGCGCGGUUGA